GGUGGAAGUGUAGACACAGCCCAGGCUCCUUUUUUCUGGCUAGUCUCCUGAGACUGCUGGGGGGAAUGUCACUGGCUCGCACUACAGGUCUGCUUUUACUGACACGGCUACUGCUGCUAGAACCCGGGAAGACACUGCGCUAUGCUCACUCGCUCUGCCUCGACUUCGCUGUCACAUCUCAGUCCAGACCCGGACAGCCCUGGUGUGAAGUCCAGGGCUCAAUGGACACAAAGCCUCUCCUCCAGUAUGACAGUGACAGCAACCAGGUCACAGCUUCGGGCCCCCUGGGGGAGGAGGUAAAUGGCACCAAAGCAUGGAGAGACUUGACUGGAACCCUGGGAGGAGUGGGCCGAGAGCUCAGGAUGGUCCUGCAUGUGGUCAACCUGGGGACAGAGAAGACCACGGGUGCUCCCCGGCUGCAGGCCAAGCUGUGCUGUCAGCUUGAAGCAGAGCGAGUCACCGCUGCCUCCUGGCACUUCAGCCUCGAUGGGCAGACGGCCCUCCUCCUUGACGCCAUGGACAUGAACUGGACAGUCGUGAAUCCCGGAGCCACAGGGAUCAAGGAGCAGUGGCAGAAGGACCAGGACCUGGCUGAGUAUUUCAGGAAGCUCGCAGUGGGAGACUGUGGUCACUGGCUGAGGGACUUCCUAGGACACUGGGAGAAUGUUCUGGAGCAGGAGCCCACAGAACCACCGCUGGAGCCCUCAGAUAACCAGCAGUUACCAGCAUGGAUCAUCCCCCGCUCAGGCCUAACUGUCAUUGUCGUCCUUGUCCUCGUCGUCAUUGUCCUCAUCAUUGUCAUCGUCAUCAGGAGAUGUGAUGGGAGAUAAGGUACCCCAGCAGGUGAGAAGCAGGCUGGCCUCCGGCUCCUGGGCAGCGCGUGUUCUGGGAAGGGCUUAGGAGACCUGAGCCCGGCUCUCACCCAAGCCCUGUGCACAGAUCCUUCUCGACGUGGAGAUGAUGCGCUUCUGUGUCUUGAGCCCCACUCUGCACAGAGGGGC